UUUUUAAUAAAUCCUAGCAUAUUUUAAACUAAACAUACUAAUGAUUAAUCUGUAAUAUAAUUUCCAUCAAUAGGUAAAUCUAAAUCAAGAUGACAAUGUCUAUUUGAUCUCAAAACUUCAUCAAAAUUAGCUCCUAAAAAUAGACUAUGGCCAGUUAUUAAUUUAUAAAAUAUGCAUCCAGCAGAAAAUAUAUCAACUUUACAAUUAUAUUUUGAAUCACCCCUUGUAUUUAAAACUUCAGGAGCUACAUAACCUGGUGUACCACAUUUUGGAAAUAAAUAUCUUUUAUAAAUUAAUUUGAAUACUUAUCUUAUAGUUCUGAAGUUGCAAG